GCAAUACAUACUUCAAGGGGCAAGUUUACAAAUGCCUGUAUCGGAACCAUCCACGUGUAUAUAUAUCUACGUCCACCCUCGUCUUACAUAGCCCUCUCACUCCUUUCAUCUUCAUUAUAACACUAGAAUCGCUUCGAACACUAUAUACCCAACAGCAAUCAACUAACUCCUUACACUAUAACCAGCUGACUUUAACACAUCCAAUAUGGCCGGACAAGAGUUUACAGGAAACGCUUUCGUUACUGGCGGAGGUAGCGGAAUAUCGAAGGCGAUCUGCGUGGCGUUUGCAAGGCGCGGGGUACGUGGACUAGUGAUAGCGGAUAUCAACCUCGAGCUCGCGAUCAAGACCGCCGCAGAGAGCAAAGCAGUCGCCAUAAAUCCAGAGUUCCGUGUAGAAGCAUACCAGCUCGAUGUGGCACAUCCAGAAUCUGUCCAAAAUGCCAUCGACCGCAUGGCCGACACAUUCGGGCGCAUUGACUACGUUAUAAAUGGAGCUGCUGUUCUUGGAGAGUAUAACGAGGUAUCAGAGACUGGCCUUGACACGCUGCGGAGGACCUUCGAAGUCAACGUACAAGGAUCAUUCCUAGUAUUAAAAGCGGCCACGAAAGUCAUGGCGUCCCAAAAACCCGUGGUGAUCGACGAAUCGCUCCCAGCGCGGGGUGUCUCCCGUGGGGUUAUUGUCAACAUUAGCUCAGUAGUUGGCAUAAUCGGUCUACCGAAAAUAGUGCAAUGCGUUGCCUCGAAACACGCGGUAAUCGGUUUAACCAAGACUGCGGCUCUCGACAACAUUAAACACAACAUUCGCGUCAACUGCGUCUCGCCGUCAUGGGUGGAUACUCCUGUGGUGCAAACUGCCGUCAAGAGCCUCCCAUCGUUAGAAAAGACCAUCGAGUCCCACUUACCAAUGGGGCGUAUGGGGCUCCCGGAGGAGAUUGCAGACGUGGUUCUCUUCCUAUGCAGCCCGGGUUCGAGUUGGGUCAAUGGUACCAACUUCAUCGUUGAUGGGGCCAUGACAGUUGGGCCAUGUAGUCCGGACAUGUGAUCAUCGUACUAUUUAUUAGUGGGCACGGAAGCCAGCCUUAAGGAAAGCCUCACGGAGUUUAGGGAUUUGGUUUAUGCGAAGAGAAAUUCACCCUUCAAUUCUGAUCUUGAUUUGGGGAAUCGGGGGAAAUAUUGGGCACCUAAGUGGUCGAUCCCUCCAUAUACCAGGCAUUCCAUUAGGUAGCUUCUUGAAUAGAAACAAGAAAAAUAGCUGUUCACAAAGA